AUGGUGCUGGUCACUGCCCCAGGAGGGGUCAGUAGCUUUUCUGUUAGCAGAAACUCUGUCCUCGCUGCCAAGUGGGAAGCUGAAGUGGGCUUCCUGGGAAAGUCAGUGACUUUGAAUUUCAGUCCUGGGCAUUCUAGGAGCUUGGACAUAGGAUUCCUGGUACCCUGUGAUAAACUCUUCUUUCUUGACUGGGCCCCUAAAGGUAUUCCUGAUCCAGAUACCCCUAGGAACUCCUUCAGUCUUUCUUAUUACCCAGUGUGUAUCUGCCAAGACCCUCUGGUUCCUACUCUCACCAGCAUGGUGCCAAGCAUCUUCUUUACCAGUUGUUCUCAGAGGCAAAGUGACUGGGUAGACAGGGCCAGAGGCCGAUCAGCCUGGCACCCUAAGGAUUCUGGUGGCAGCAACUGGAUGGAAGAUUCAGAGCCUCGUCCAGUAUAUACAGUCUCUCCCUUCUUAGCUUCUCUCCCUCACUGGGGUCUUAUGGGGUCUUAUGAGGCCUGA